UCAGAAUGAUCACCUGGUGAUUACUAUUUUCUCGAAUAUACUGAUAUCAGUCCUUCAAAAGUCUAACCUCACCUUUUUUGUCUCUGGUGUAUUUGAGUUUGUGUGGAAAAGUGGCGUUUGUGGGUUUAUUGUGUGAAUAAUUGUGGAGAAUGUUUUCAUGAGAAUAUAUUAUUAAUACGAUAUUAAAAAAAUUAUACAAAUCUAUAAAAUGGGUUCUAAAUUACCUCCAAAUGCUCAAGAAAUCGUCGAUGAAAUUACCAAAAAUUUGGAAGACUCGUGUGCGAGAGAAGAUAGUGACGAAAAUGAGAAGUUUUUUGAUGUUGGCGAUAAACUAAUUAAUGACAAAAAAGACGAUGACACUAGUUCCAAAAAUUAUGAGUUUGAAGAAAUAAAUAAUGACUUACAGGAAGAUAAAUAUUUUGUUGAUGAAACUGUCUUAAAAAAUAGGGAUUGGAAUCUUACUGAAAAGCAAAAACAGGAAUUAAGCAAUGAGUCAGAAAAUUUGAAAAUAAAAGGAAACAAUUUAUUUAAAGAAGGGCACUAUGCUGAUGCUGUCUCUACUUAUACAAGUGCAUUACGUACAUGUCCUUUGAGUUUUGAACAAAGUAGAGCUAUAUUGUAUGCGAAUAGAGCAGCAGCAAAAGCUAAAUUCAUGACAGAUAAUACUUCAGCAAUUACAGAUUGCACGAAAGCAAUAGAAUUAGAUGCAACUUAUGUUAAAGCAUUUUUGAGAAGAGCUCAUCUGUAUGAAGAAGCUGACAAACUCGAUGAGGCCUUAGCAGAUUAUAAACAAGUAUUAACAUUUGAUCCUGCCCAUUCAGAAUCAAUAUGUGCUAUCAGGAAACUUGAACCAAUAAUUAAUGAACGGAAUGAGAAGUUAAAAGAAGAGAUGCUUGGUAAGCUAAAAGACCUUGGAAACAUGAUUCUAAAACCUUUUGGUCUUUCUACGAAUAAUUUCCAAAUGCAAAAAGAUGAUGCAACUGGUGGAUAUUCUGUCAAAUUUAACCAGAAUCCUACAUGAUAAUAAAGUCCAUUUUGUUGUACAGUUUAACUUACUUUUAUUAACAUGUAUAUUGCUGAAUUCAUUUAUGAUUUAUAUACGAAAUGAAGUAAAACAGAGGCACUUAUUAAAUUAUUUUUUCCAAUACACAACUAAAAAUUCAUAUUUACGUCGUUUAAAAAAGCUAAUUUUUGUUAUAACCUAUAAGCAUCUUAUAUACAAAAAUUUAAUUUUAGUCGUUAUUGUACAUGAAACGAUUAUAAAAUCUGUAAAUAAAAUUCUUGAAUCAUAUUUUU